AUGUCCAAAGCCGCAGAAGCUACAGGCAUCGACUACACCGGAUGGGACGAGCAGAAGACCCUUGCGGCGAUUGCCAAAGCCGUUGCGGUCUGGCCACGCCAUGACUUAAGCUUCGUCGAGACUGAUUACGAGCACGCCAAGCGCAGUUGGAAAAACAGGACUGACAAGGGGAUUCGCCAAGGGGAGCGCCGCGGGAAGGUGUCGACUGGUGGUGAUCAUUAUGAGCCGGGCAUGUGA